GAUUGCGUCAUGGCCGUUACGUUGGGCGGCGCUUGCACGCAAGUCGCUGGCAUAUAAAAAAGUUAAUUGGGGACAGUAGGAGUGAAAGUAACGCAGCGGUUUUUUUAAAAUAUGUUGAUUUUGCGUCGCUCUUUCGUGGGAUGGAUUUGAAUGAGGACUCUGAGAGCCGAGUUUGUGUUGCGCUGCGAACUGUUAUAAUUCCCUCCCAUCCCUUGUUGUUGUUUUGGGGCCGAAGUGGAAAUCGGACGAACUGCGGCUCCAACAGAUGGGGCAGGCGUUGUGGAGGGUUGCAAGAAACCAGCAACUGCAACACCAACGAUACAGUGAGGAAGGCUACUACCUUGUAGAUCAUGACAGGAGGCUUGCCGCAGCAAAUCGCAAGCAUGCCCAGGUUGGGAUUGACAUCUACCACAUCCUGAGAGUUGGCAGAUCGAAGGAAGAGCACGGAUUCCCAGAUCUGGAACUAUUGCCCCCAGAACUAAGCUUAACCAUUCUAUCAUAUUUGAAUGCAACUGACCUCUGCUUGGCUUCAUGUGUCUGGCAGGACUUGGCCAAUGAUGAUGUUCUCUGGCAAGGGUUGUGCAAGUCUACCUGGGGUCACUGUUCCAUAUACUAUAGAGUCUAUCCAGGUUUUAACUACAGACAACUCUACAUGCAGCUAGAUGAAGGCAGCCUUACCUUCAAUGCUAAUCCUCAUGAGGGACUAGGAUACAUUUUUCGCAAAGGCAUACUGGACAAUGUCCCAAAGGAAAUUGCAAAGUUUAUUUUCUACACAAGAACACUAAAUUGGAAGAAACUUCGAAUUUAUUUAGAUGACAGGAGGGAUGUGCUAGAUGAGCUUGUGACGCUGCACAAUUUCAGCAACCAAUUCCUACCUAAUGCACUUAGAGAGUUCUUUCGGCGCAUUCACGCUCCCGAAGAGCGGGGAGAGUACCUGGAGACGCUAAUCACCAAAUUCUCGCAGCGAUUCUGUGCUUGUAACCCGGCUGUGACCAGAGAGCUUGGCCUGAGUCCAGAUGCUGUUUACGUACUUUGCUAUUCUCUGAUCCUGCUUUCCAUCGAUUUGAAUAGUCCACACGUGAAGAACAAGAUGUCCAAGCGGGAAUUUAUCCGGAAUACUCGUCGUGCUGCCCACAAUAUUAGUGAGGAUUUUGUAGGACAUCUAUAUGACAAUAUUUACCUAGUUGGUCACGUGGCUGCCUAGAAAAACACCAUUUACAACGUUACCAGAACAUUUAAACCUAAACCUAUAAAAUUGCACAGUGAAGUAUAUUGACCUUUUUUAAAUGAGGAUUAUUUUAGUGCUGGUCAUUGUAACCUUUUGUGUACAAUCAGAUUCUUUCUCUUUCCAUCUUGCCAUUGUUAGCACUUUAGUAACUGAAUACCUGUUUAUAUUUUGUAUUGUUUAGUUAUCAUGAGUUGCACAUAGUUGUGCCAAUGGUCUGAUGCAGCAGCUUGGGAAAUGGAUUAAUUCAAAACUGACAUAAAAGUGCAAGGACUACAAUAGCAUUGGAAGUUGGUUGUAGGGUUUACAAAUUAAGUGGGACAAUGAGCCCCCUAACUUUUCUUCCUUUUUAAUGCAUGUGAUGUGUGUAAAUAUUGCAGAAUAAGAGAUUUAUAAUCAUAUAAUUAUUUUGUGAAAUAUUUUAAUGAAAAGAAUCUUCUCUGUACAAAGGGGUUUGUAUUUUUCCUUUUUCAGCUUUCAUUCUAUAGAAGUGACAUAAAAUACAGCAUUUUGUUAUGUGAUCUUUGGCAUUUAAUGUGGUUACAACACCAUUACUUUAUCAAUAAAUGCUGGAGGUAGCAGUUCGGGGAGCAUCUGCAGUUGGGGAAACAAAGUCAGGUGAAAGAUCUGUCACUAAGAUUUUAUAAUGUGGGUUAUCGUCCUGUCCAGAUUUUACAACAAAGAUCUAUUUUCAUAGUUAGUAUCCACUCGAGAGAGAAUAUUAUUUUGAAACUAUUAAUCAAGUUGUGAAUGUUGGUUUAAAGGAUGUAUGAAGAUAAACUUUUCUUGGAUGUUUGUGUUCUAUUUAAAACAAAGCUUUGAUUUACAAUAGUUUUAUUUUCAAUUUAUUUCUAUCUUCAUAGGAAGUUGUCAUGGAAUAUGUGGUAUAUGAGGAAAUAGAAAAAUUAAAUACAACCAAUCUUGUGUUGUAGUACUUAAACCAAAUGUUAUUUAAGUUUGUUCUGGUUGUUGCAGGGGGAAAAAGGAAAAACUUGUUUUUGAAAUGAAAUGUGCUUUUCAGCCUCUCCAGUUUUAAUACAGUUUUACCACAAAGGAUUUGACAUUUGAUUAGCUAUUUUCAGGUAUGUCAAUGAGAACAUUAGAUUUGGCCUUAAAUUAACAUGAAAAUGGCCAGCAUUUUCGUGACUAGUGCAGUCUAUUUCUUACAACUUGAGUGUUGUCUGAAGGCUAGGCUAGAGUUGGGAUUGUGUCCUUUUGUGGUCAAGUUUUGCACUUAAGAUAAUAACUGAAUAGCUAAGCCACCUGAAGGACACUCUUUCUACAUGGAAUUACCAUGAAAAGGGAGAUUUGAGGAAAUUUCUGUUUUUGAGAAGUCUUGAACUUUGGUUUCCAAAGAUCAUAUUUUUAUCAAAUGAAGGUGCAACCGGUUAAAAUGUCUGUUGCUUUAUAAAUCAUUUAGUAUCUCCAAUUAAUAAUUAGAAACCAGGACAAUCUACGAUCAUGUGAAGGAGGAAGACAAAAACAACUUGGGAUUUACAGGUAGGGUGCAUCAGAAAUUUACCACAGGAAUUUCAGUUCCUUUUCCAGUUGCUGCAGUCUUUAUUUUUGUAAUUCAGAGUGUAUUAAAAAACACAUUAACCUUAUCCAGUCUUCAGUAUAUGGUACUUCUAUGGCAAAGUUCUCACCAAGACUUGGUACACUACUGGCUUUUGUCCCUCUACAUUCUAUUCUGAUGCAGGGUUUUGACCCAAGACAUCGACUUUCUCUUUGUCCUCGCACAUGCUGCUGAAUUCCUCCGAAUGUCUGUGUGUUUUUUCUUUAACUCUGAAUUCCAGCAUCUGCAAUCUCUUGUAUCUCCGUGGUACUCUUGUUUUACACUUGCUCCUUCAUAAUUGGUUGGAGUUGGUUCUUGUUUUCUUUUAAUGUGAUAUCUUCAUAGUUGUGGAACAAGAACCUAAUAUUCUAGCAUUACAAUUGCCUCUUGAGCAUUUGUCAUUAGUGCACUUUAGAUGAAAUUUGAUUCCGGUUUUGAUGUAGGAAAGGUGCAGUCUUGGGAGAGUAAAAAGAUGGUUGUCUAAAUGUGGGUUUUACCUGAGGUGGCUUCUAACAGUAUGAAUCUUUAAAUUUUAUUUACAGCGUGGUAACAAGCCCUUCCCGGCCCAACGAGUCCACACCGCCCACUUUAAACCCAUAUUAACCUACCCGUACGUCUUUAGAAUGUGGGAGGAAACCGGACCACCCGGAGGAAACCCAUGCAGACACGGGAGAACAUACAAACUCCUUACAGACAGCAAUGGGAAUCGAACCCCAAUUGCUGGCACUGUAAUAGUGUUGCGCUAACUGCUACGCUACAGUGUCCUUGUCCUGGGGGGCAUAGGUCCACUCUGUAAAAUAACUUCAGUUCACCCCACAUUCACCAUCAGCUUAGCGCACUCACUUGGAUAAAACUAUGCAGGAAUAAGGGGAAAGCUCACCUAUGAAGUAGUGUGGUUGCUGUUAUCAGAGAGAAAAUUCGCUAGGUCUUUAUCUACUGUAGUCAGGCACAACAAUGUAAAAAUUUAAAUUGCAGGACCAAUGUAUGGUGAAUGUCAACUGACAAAAUAAUUAGCCUAAAGUAGUUGCUGGGGAAAAUUUGGAUAAAGUCAUGCUUACCUGUAUAACCCCAGAACACAACAGACAGCUGAGAACACCCUAUAUUAGCAAUGGGGCUCCUGUUUUUUGCCUAUAUUUCCCCGCCCCCCCCCCCCCCCACUCCAUUUUAUCUCAAGGAGAUCCUUGGGAUGAGUUUCCUCCAUUCUAGUGGGGGGGUGGGGAGAGAAGGGUGGAAGUUGGAAAGCAGAGGGCCAAAGGAAAGAUGUUCCCAGUGCAGGGGGAGGAGGUGGGGGGGGUCAAGUGGCAGUAUGCAGGGAAGAAAUUGAAUAGGGGAUUAAUGCAGGAAAGUAGAGCCAUGAUUUCCUUCGCAUCAUUUUUUAAAAAAAAGUUAUUGAUUAUUAGUCUUAGGAAGGGGGAUAAGUGUUAGAAAGGAGGAGGUGAGGGGACACCGAAGGAAAAUAUUUGGGGACGAUUGAGAAUAAGUUGAGGGGAACAAGGAAGAGGCAUUGGUCAAGGGCUUCUACACCUGUGGCACUUUGCAAUCUGGAGUGUGUAGCAGUGGGCUGAGGUUGGCCAAACUAGGAAUACAAAUUCCACUUGUACUGCCUGAAUGUGUAUGUGUGUGCUGAUGCCCAUGGAGCAGGGUUGUCAUGGUCCCAAGAACUUGGUUUGUUAUCCAUUUGGUAGGUGUGGUGCAACCCCAUGUUCAAAGACACUAAAGCAACUUUGACUCCUCCAUCGAACGGAAACUUGAGUCAAGGAUUUAUCUCUACUUUUUUAACUCUGCAGUGUAGAAUUGCGAAAGAAAAAGUUGAAGGUAAACACAAGAUAUUAUCUGUUCCAAAAUUUAAGUUGACUUUUCACUUCAAUAUAGACACAUGUACAAAGCACAAGAUGAUUUCAGUAACAAACUUUAAAAAUGUAGAUUUAUUUUGGUGUAAUUGCAGGAGACUUUUGUUUUGCACAAAGGUUUGUUGUCUCUGAUUGUUGUAUUGUUAUUAUAGGUAGCAACUUUCUGCUCAAAGUUAAGAGGGGGAAUUCCCUUCUUGGGUUAGUGUUUUUAAACAUUUUGUUUACUGUUGAAUUAGUGUAUUUUUAAAGAUAAUCCUUGGAUAGAUUUUGUACAAUCCUUUAAGUUGGAUUGUUUAUUAGGAACACAAAACCUUGGCCAUGUCCAGCAAUUUCCCAUCUAGUGUGCUUUCUACCUUCCUGAUGGUUGCAGGAAACAUUGUUACAGAACUGUUAAUAAAUCAUGACAAGUGGUCUUUAUUGAUUAGUCUGCACUGGACCCAGAUGUGACAAUGAAAAUGUCCAGUGUUGGAAUGCUCUGGGACUUUGGGUCCACAUUACCUUGGUUUCUCUGAAGCAUAUUCUUCCAUUCAAUUGUCAGUGCUUUUGCAGAAGAAUUUGCCCAAGAAUUUCGACACUGGGACAGCCUGCUUAUCACUUUCUACCAUUUUAAAAUAAUUUGGAGGAAAUUUGUAGGCUAGUAAACACACAGUCAUUCUUGUGUAGUUUAAAAGUAAAUGUGUUUCUAAGAAUAAAAUUGCAAUUUUAUUUCUGCUCCUGUUUCCCUGCUGUAAUUUCGAUUGCCAAAAGAUUGGUUGUGAUCAGCUAUAGAAAGGACUGGUCAUUUAAUUAUAUAAAAAGGUAUUUAUUAUUCAUUUCACUGUUCAGUUUCAAACAAAGCAAAGUACUGGUAGAGAAUGUAAAGUUCCUGCUCUUUAUUUUGAAGUGUGAUAAAUGCCUGUGAAUUAACUUUGUAUCUUAAAUUUAAAGUGAGAUGAUCAACAGCUGGUGAGUCAACAGAUCUGAAGGUUAGAUGCUGCUCUGUCAAACUACAAGUGGCAUUCCGCCCCGCCCCCCCGCCACAAAAAACUUGGAACUGAACCUACAGGACAGGGGACCCUGGUCCCAGACUUUAUUUUCCUGCUAUAUGCGUGCUUCAGAGUUUGAUUAUGUUGACUACAAUGUGGAGGUUUUUUUACUG